AUGAAAUUGUCUACCGCUCUCUCCGUGCUUCCAUUCCUAGCUGGCACCGAUGCCCUCCCUAAGGCCCAGAGACCUGCCCGCUUCGACGUUAUAGUCACCAGUGAAGGCCCCAUCCAGUAUCGUGCGCUGGCAUCUUCUUCCUCUUUCUUCUGGCUGGGCAAAGGCGAUGGCUUCACCGACUCUUACUGUCCUCCCGACAUAGAGAAGACUGGUCGGUGUCCUCCUGGUAAAGUUACCGUUCUCAAAAAUGCCCACACGUUGGACUCUGUUCUUCCCGGUCAGAUCAUCUACGUUGAUUCCAACCGCGCCGUAAGGGCCACCGGUCCCAACCAAACCGAAAUAGAGGAAGAUCGCACCGUUCAAAAUCCUAUUAAGCCAGAUGAUCUCACCGAUGGGUUCAAAUACGUCCCCGGGGACCGCCACGGCACGUGGACAUUUAAGGACCACGGCGCCGACGGCUUCAUGGCUUGUCCUUACCAGGAGGAUAUCUACCAGGUCUAUGUCAAUAGCCCGGACGCGAAGCCUCAAGGGCACAACCUCGACGAUUGUGUGCCCUUCACUGCGGGUGCGUUUGAGUACAGCCUUCCUGCGAAUACCACCGCUGCUGCUUGGGAAUACUAG